AUGGAUCCACACAGUCCAAUUGUUUUAGAUCAAGGUACUGGGUUUGUCAAGAUUGGUCGUGCCGGGGAGAACUUCCCGGACUUUACUUUCCCAUCCAUUGUGGGGAGGCCAAUCUUGAGAGCUGAAGAGCGGAGUUUCAUGGACUCCAAGACUCCAAUAAAAGAUAUCAUGGUUGGUGAGGAGGCCAGCGAUGUUCGCUCAUACUUGCAAAUAUCUUACCCUAUGGAGAAUGGUAUCAUCAAGCAUUGGACAGAUAUGGAGCUGCUGUGGGACCACGCCUUUUUCGAGAAGAUGAAGCUGCCAAGUACGUCCGGUGGGAAGAUCUUGCUGACGGAACCACCCAUGAAUCCCCUGAAGAACAGAGAGAUGAUGUGCCAGGUGAUGUUCGAGAAAUACGAUUUCGGCGGUGUCUACGUAGCCAUCCAGGCUGUACUAGCACUGUACGCGCAGGGUCUCUCAUCCGGUGUUGUUGUCGAUUCCGGUGACGGUGUCACCCACAUUGUCCCCGUUUACGAGUCUGUGGUACUGAACCACUUGACAAGAAGGUUGGACGUUGCUGGUAGAGAUGUCACCAGACACCUGAUUGAUUUACUGUCCCGCAGAGGAUACGCCUUUAACAGAAGUGCAGAUUUUGAGACUGUUAGACAGAUAAAGGAAAAACUGUCGUACGUGUCUUACGAUCUCGACUUUGACACUAAACUAGCCCGCGAAACGACUACGUUGGUCGAAAACUACGAGUUGCCUGAUGGUAGGAUCAUAAAAGUUGGACAAGAAAGAUUUGAAGCACCAGAGUGCUUGUUCCAACCUAACCUCGUGGACGUGGAACAGCCAGGUGUCGGUGAACUUCUGUUCAACACUAUACAGUCUGCAGACGUGGAUAUUAGGAGCUCCCUGUAUAAGGCUAUUGUUCUCUCAGGUGGUUCCAGUAUGUAUCCUGGCUUGCCCUCUAGGUUGGAGAAAGAGUUGAAGCAGCUGUGGUUUACAAGAGUGCUGAAGAACGACCCAUCCAGACUUGAUAAAUUCAAAGUGAGGAUCGAGGAUCCACCAAGAAGAAAGCAUAUGGUAUUUAUCGGUGGUGCCGUUCUGGCCAACAUCAUGGCCGACAAAGAUCAUAUGUGGCUGUCCAAACAGGAGUGGGAGGAAAGCGGUGCACAAGCCAUGGCCAAAUUUGGCCCUAGAUGA